AAAAGGGGUUGCAAACGAGAAGUUUGAAAAAAGUCAUCAUGAGUGGAGUUUUUGGUGAAGAAUUAGUAGUACUUGUACUAUUUUCUGCUGCUGCUGUUAUUGGUUCUUGUGAAGCUCAAAAUUUGUCUUCUCUAUUGAUUUUACUAGUAAUUAAUGAACAACAUAGAUUCCCUCAAUAUUAUCUUUUACUUGUGAUGGUUUCAAUUACUUUUGAGCAAGUGAUAGUAAGGAGAAUAGAUAAAGUUAAAAUCUUGUGGGCAUUGAAGAGUAGAAGUAGAAGACCAAAAGAAAUAGCAGUAUUAGUAGGAGUACUUUAUUUAUUGAUUGGUGGGUAUUCUUCAAAUCUCACCGCACAUCUCCAUCAUCAUCAUUCACAUUUUUGGGGUUUGCUAUCACUAUUAGUCUUAUUAUUAACUUCUGGGAUAAGAAGAGGAGCAAGUCUUUAGUCUUUCUUUCUUUCUUUCUUUUUCUUCAAUCUCAAAAAAGCCCCAAUUUCUCAAGCCCCAGUCUUAAUCUUAAAGAGGGAUGCUUAGAAUCUUGUUGGAAAUGGUGGGUUGGUGCUGAUUUUUUUGAUCUUUGGAGGUAUUGGGUUUUUUAUGUUUUUUGGGAAAGAUUUGAUUUUGAUGGAAAAAGUGGAGGUUGAUGGUGGUGGAAGUGGUGGUUCUGCUGUUGCUGCUGCGGCGGAUGCUGGAGCAGAAGGUGGUGGUUAUGAUGUGGUGAAGAAGAACAGUACUCCAGAAGGGGAGCCUAGAGUUAAGAGGAAAAUGAAGACUCCUUCUCAGUUGGAGGUUCUAGAAAAAGCUUAUUCUGUGGACACGUAUCCAUCUGAGGCAAUGAGAGCAGAGUUGGCAAUGAAGUUGGGGCUCACUGAUAGGCAGUUACAAAUGUGGUUCUGCCACAGGAGGUUGAAGGACCGGAAACCACCAGGAGAGAAGCGGGUGAAGAAGGAGGCGUCUCCCGGAAUGGUUGGAGCGUUGUCUAAUGGAGUAGGGAAGGAGCUGGUGGGGGGGUAUGGUGGGGGCAUGAAGAAUGACCAGAGUCUUGGUUUGGUUCGAACUGCAUUGGGGCCUACGGAGAUUUUACAGCAGCAUAGAGUUGUUCAUCGCAGUGGAACAGCUCUAGCAAGGAUUGGAACUGAAAUGCCUGCUGUAAAGAGGUAUUAUGAGCCUCCCCAGGCAUUGUCUGAGUUGCGAGCGAUUGCCUUUGUGGAAGCACAAUUAGGGGAGCGAUUAAGGGAGGAUGGGCCUGUCCUUGGAAUGGAGUUUGAUCCGCUGCCACCUGGUGCAUUUGGUUCUCCAAUUGGCCUGCAGAAACCAGGUGUGGGGCUUUACGAGGCACAAGUAUAUGAGACUCCAGAUGCUAAAGUAAUCCAGGGUGCCAAGAGGACUAUACAUGAAUACCAAUUUCUUCCCGAGCAGCCAUCUAUUCGAGAUGAUAUACGUGAAAGAGCUCUGCCAUUUCAAUAUUAUGGUUCCUCCACUGAUGCUCAAAGUUCCAGGACAACAUUAUCUGCUGGGAGGUCUUUUAUGCAUGGCACUGAGCAGCUGACACCAGGAUAUAGUUUUCAAGGUAAAUUAUCAGGCGGCCCAUGCCUAAGUUUACUGCCUCAGCUUGGAAAUCAGGGCCAUCACUUGUCUCCACCUUCAGGAGAGGUGGAUAUUUUCCCCCAAAGGAACAGUGUGUUGAACAUCGAUAUUGAUAGACCUGGUGCUCAUUUGACAAGAGGGCUCGAAACCCCAUUGAUACCAACUGAAAAACGGGUCAUUCAUGAUGAGGAGCGGUUGGAGAGGAAACGCAAGAGUGAAGAGGCAAGAAUUGCGAGAGAUGUUGAAGCUCAUGAGAAGAGAAUUAGGAAAGAACUUGAGAAGCAAGAUUUAUUAAGGCGAAAGAGAGAUGAACAAUUGAGGAAAGAGAUGGAGAGGCAAGACAAGGAAAGGAGGAAGGAAGAAGAAAGGCUAUUGCGUGAAAAGCAGCGUGAGGAAGAAAGAUACCAGAGGGAGCAAAGACGUGAAAUGGAAAGGAGGGAGAAAUUUCUACAGAAAGAAUCUAUAAGAGCAGAGAAAAUGAGGCUUAAACUAGAAAUGCGAAGAGAGAAAGAGGCUGCAAGACUGAAAGCUGCUACUGAAAGGGCUACUGCUCGCCGGAUUGCUAAGGAGUCGGUGGAACUAAUUGAUGAUGAACGUUUGGAACUUCUGGAGUUAGCCGCCUCUAGUCAGGGUUUGCCAUCAACGUUGGCUCUUGACAAUGAAGCUCUACAGAAUCUUGAGUCACAUAGAGAUAGCCUCACCGAAUUCCCUCCCAAGACUGUUUGCUUGAAAAGGCCAUUUGGAAUGCAGCCAUGGGUCGAGUCUGAGGAGAGUGUGGGCAGCAUUCUAAUGAUUUGGAGAUUCUUAAUUACUUUUGCUGAUGUGCUUGGUCUCUGGCCUUUCACUUUGGACGAAAUUGUUCAAGCAUUCCAUGAUUAUGAUUCAAGGUUACUGGGAGAGAUACAUAUAGCUCUUCUGAGAAUUAUAAUAAGAGAUAUUGAAGAUAUUGCCAGAACUCCUGCUACUGCAGUUGGAGCCAAUCAAAAUGCUGCUAUCCCUGGAGGUGGCCAUCCACAGAUUGUUGAAGGGGCUUAUUCUUGGGGUUUUGAUAUACUAAGUUGGCAUCAGCACUUGAAUCCAUUGACAUGGCCUGAAAUUCUGCGGCAAUUUGCUUUAGCUGCAGGUUUUGGUCCGAAAUUGAAAAGGAGAAAUGUUGAACAAUCACAUCCCCAUGAUGAAAAUGAGGGUAAGGAUGGUAUAGAUAUCAUUGCUGGCUUACGAAAUGGAGCUGCCGCUGAAAAUGCUGUUGCCAAAAUGCGACAAAGGGGCAUAUCAAAUCUCGGGAGAUCUAGGCAUCGAUUGACUCCUGGAACGGUUAAAUAUGCAGCAUUUCAUGUUCUUUCACUUGAGGGAAGCAAGGGCCUUACUAUACUGGAAGCCGUAGACAAGAUUCAGAAUUCCGGUCUUCGGGACCUAACAACAAGCAAGACUCCAGAAGCAUCAGUUGCUGCUGCAUUAUCAAGGGACACAAAGCUUUUUGAGAGAACUGCUCCUUCAACUUAUUGUGUACGUGCCCCUUACAGAAAGGACCCUGCUGAUGCUGAGGCUAUACUUGCUACAGCUCGGGAAAGAAUAUUUGCGUACAAAAAUGAAUUUUUGGAUGCAGAAGAACCAGACGAAGCUGAAAAGGAGGAUGCUGAAAGAGAUGAAGACUCUGAAAGUGAUAUGGCUGAUGAUCCUGAUAUUAAUGAUUUAGAUACUGAAAGAAAUCUAAACAAGGAAUCUCUUCAUUCUUUUGAACCAAGCACUUCUGGUGUCAAACAUCACUCUGGUAACAUAAAAGAAAAAUCGCACGUUCAGUUUACAGAAAGUUCAGGAAGUAGCAUUGCAAAUACAAAUGGAAGUUUUGAUAUUGUUCAACCUGAAGGCAUGGAGGGAGCAUCUGGUAGUCAGUCUGCUGCUACUGUUGGAAUUCAUAUAGAGGCAGCUAACAAUGAAGAUAAUGUGAUUGAUGAGAGCAGCACUGUUGAAUUAUGGGUUCAAGGACUAACAGAGGGUGAUUAUUCCGAUCUAAGUGUUGAAGAGCGCCUUGAUGCCCUUGUUGCUUUAAUUGGUGUUGCAAAUGAAGGAAAUUCUAUUCGUGUUGUAUUGGAGGAGCGCUUGGAAGCUGCAAAUGCAUUGAAGAAGCAGAUGUGGGCAGAGGCACAGCUUGAUAAGCGUCGUGUUAAAGAGGAGUACGCACUGAAGGUGCAGAGUUCAUCAUUUGCAGGGAGCAGAUCUGAGCAAAACUCUUCAAUUACUUCUUCAGAUGGUAGGCAAAAUACUUUUCUUAAUAUUGAUGGGAGAAAUGAAUCGCUCUCGACAAACCCCAAAAAUCACCAGAUGGAUUUGGGUGAUUCAUCUAGAAUCCCAAAUUCUUCUGCCAGUACUACAGCUGAAAGAAACAUGAUGUUGCAAGAAUUUUCUGGCCCUGAUGUCCUGCUUCAGCAAUCUGCAUAUGCUGCUGAGAAAUCUCGGUUGGAGAUGAAAGCUUAUAUUGGCCAAAAGGCAGAGGAAAUAUAUGUGUACAAGUCGGUGCCCCUAGGACAAGAUCGAAGACGCAAUAGAUAUUGGCAGUUCAUUGCAUCUCCUUCUCAAAAUGACCCUGGCUCUGGCAGGAUCUUUGUUGAGUUACAUGAUGGUCGAUGGAGGCUCAUUGAUUCUGCAGAGGGUUUUGAUGGUCUUCUUGCAUCUUUGGAUGUGCGUGGAACAAGAGAAUCUCAUUUGCAUUCAAUGCUGCAAAGAAUUGAAGUUUCUUUCAAGGAAACGGCUAAGAAGAACUUGUGUUCACGCUCUACAAGCCAAGAUGCUGAUGAUGUGAAAGAGGAAGUUUCUGAAGAGAGCCCUAAUAGCAUGGUAUCUGAUAUGAUGGAACCAUUGGCAUCUAUUCGUAUCAAAUGUGAGAGCUAUGGAUUGGACAAAAAUGUGACCUUGGAGAGAUAUCGAGAUUUUGAGAAAUGGAUGUGGGAUGAGUGCUUUAGUAUCAUGAAAUUGCGUGCUUUGAAGUAUGGGAAGACACUAAGGACUCGGCUGCUGAGCAUUUGUAGCCACUGCCAUGAUCUGUACUUUUUUGAGAACCAGCACUGUCCCUUUUGCCAUAAGAACUGCAGCAUUUUAGUCGGAACAUUCAACUUCGGAGAACACGUUUCUUAUUGCAAAGAGAAGCAAGAGGAAGUGCAGAACAGGACAUUGGUGAAAUUGGAGCCUUCAUCUCCCUUGAGGAUUAGAUUGUUAAAAGCACAAUUAGCUUCUCUGGAGGCCUCUCUUCUACCGGAAGCUGUCAAAGCAUUUUGGUCAGAAGACUAUCGAAGAUCCUGGGGUAUGAAGCUGGAAAUUGCAUCAUCUGCUGAAGACCUUCUUCAGAUCCUGUCUUUAUUGGAGAAUGCCGUAAAGAGAGAUUUCCUGGUGCCAGAUUAUGAGACCGCCAAUGAAUUGUUGGGUUUCGAAAAUCUAAAAGGAGGCAUGGUUGAUAACACCCCCACCCUUGAGAUGACUGCAGUACUUCCUUGGAUACCUCAAACAACGUCUGCCGUGGCUCUUAGGCUUAUGGAUCUUGAUACAUCAAUUUGCUACACCCUGCAGCAGAAGGAUGAUUCCGAAAAGGUUAAGGGAGCCAGACAUAUCAUUAGAAUUCCAACAAGAAAUACUGGUGCAACCAAUGCUGCAGAGAAUGUAAGAACGGAACGUCCACAGGAUGCUGGGACUGUGCCUGAAGAUACAUGGGAUGGUCCAGGCGCUAAGCUCAAUAGCUCACGACGAGCCCACCGACAAGUCGCGAGACCUCAGAGAAGGGUAAGUGAAUCAAGAAACGGAUCUGGUCAAGGAACAAGUGCCGCAAAGAGGGACAAAUUUGGGCCUUUGCUUGGGUGGAAAGGUCGACCAAAUGGACGUGGUGGACGUAAGCGAGGUCGACGAACAGUUAGAAGUAGGCAAAACCCAACCAAAAAGAGAACAGAUAUUGCCAGUAAAAGAGCGAGUGCCGGGGCGGACAUUUAUGAUAAAACACCUAGCUCGUAUCAGCAUGAAUGGGACGAGGAAGGGACAACGCAAAUCCAAGCUGAAGUAGCUGGAAAUGAGAGCAGUUCAGAAAGGUCAGGAUUCGAUGAUGAUAAUGACCUAAUGGUGGAGGACUAUUCAGGUUGUUUCGGCACGAAAUCUGAGAACUUAGCGAAGGGUAUUGAUUAUGGUAUGGGUGUGGAAAAUGGAAAUGAUGAGCUUGAUGAUGAUGAAGAGGAUGAUGAGGAGGAGGCUGAUGAGAGACCGGGAGAGCAGGUUGUGGAAGAAUAUUUUGAUAGUGAUUCUGAAGAGGAUGCAAACAUAUCUGUUAGCGGAGAGAAGAUGGGAAAUCUGAAUAAAGGCUCAGAAUUUUCUUCUUCUGACUAUAGUGAUUAGGAUACUUAGCUGCUUAACAUAGUACCAAGAUUAGAGAUGAAUACAGGGAAGCUUCCACCAAAAGUGGUUACUGUUCUGAGGAACCAUAAUAGCCUCAUGAGUAACUAUGUCAGACUUCUUUAUCUAAUUUUAAAGAAUUUUAGAAAUGAAACUUACCCU